CUAUGCCUUAUUGGCAUCUUUCACUGGGGAUCAGCCAUAGCAAGAAUCAUUGGCCAGAAUGUCCAGAAGUCCAACAGAUUUGAUCCUACUGUCAAGAUGUGGGUAUUUGAAGAGAUCAUCGAUGGAAGAAAACUCACAGAAAUAAUCAACCAGGAACAUGAAAAUGUUAAAUAUCUGCCUGGAUACAAGAUACCCAAAAAUGUGGUGGCUGUACCAGACGUGGUCGAAGCAACAAGCUGGGCAGAUAUUUUAGUGUUUGUUCUGCCACAUCAAUUCAUUGGACGAAUCUGUGAGCAGAUUGCAGACCACAUAAAGUCCGGGACAUUUGGGAUUUCCCUGAUCAAGGGCAUCGAUGAGGGUCCCGAAGGCCUGAAGCUCAUAUCUGACCUCAUUCGAGAGAAACUAAAAAUAGAAAUCAGUGUGCUUAUGGGGGCCAACAUAGCCAAAGAAGUGGCUGAUGAGAAGUUCUGUGAAACCACCAUUGGCUGCAAAAACGAAAAACAAGGGGAAAUCUUUAAAGAAUUAAUGCAGACCCCCAAUUUCAGGAUUACCGUGGUGCUCGACUCUGAUACAGUGGAGAUCUGUGGAGCCUUAAAAAACAUCGUAGCAGUGGGAGCUGGGUUCUGCGAUGGACUGGGUUUCGGCGAUAACACAAAGGCAGCAGUGAUACGCUUGGGCCUUAUGGAAAUGGUGGCCUUUGCCAAGAUGUUCUGCAGGGGACCAGUAUCAACAGCCACUUUUCUGGAAAGCUGCGGAGUUGCUGAUCUAAUCACUACCUGCUACGGGGGACGCAACAGAAGAGUAGCAGAAGCCUUUGCUCGCACAGGAAAAUCCAUUCAGGAACUGGAAAAUGAGAUGCUGAACGGACAAAAGCUGCAAGGUCCUCAGACCUCAGCUGAAGUCUACAAGAUUCUGAAACAGAAAAAUAUGCUCGAUAAGUUUCCAUUAUUUACAACCAUCUAUAAGAUCUGCUACGAGGGUCUAUCGAUCCAGGACUUCAUCACGUGCCUGCAGAACCACCCAGAGCACUUUUAGAGAUCCCUUCUCCUCACCUGGUUGCAUUCUCAUCUUCCCAGGACUUCUGUCAACUCCACAGCAAAUAAA